AUGGCCGAUGGACAGACGAGAGGAACGCUGCUUGGAGCUUUGUUUACUCUUAAAGAUGCUGGACCCAAGCUCAUUCACUCGCACUUUCACGCGAAUGGCGGGACGGUAAAAUCACUUUCAGAGCCGAAAUGUAAUCCUGCGAAAACCUUUCUGUUUGAACGGAGUGCCCGAGACGACGAUCUCCCAGGAGUACAGAAUGAGGAUCGUGUCAGUGUUCUUAAGACACCUAUAUCGCUAGCCUGUUAUCAUACACGCCUUGUCCAACUCUUUGUGGAGGAAUUUGGGAACAAACAGGUUUGGUCUGAAGGAGCAGGAAGUACAGAGAAUUCCUCGAUUCAUGCAGAGGGCGUCUGA